AUGGUGACCUUGACAAUGGAUAAGCAGACAAUCGAAAUCCCAAAUGAUGUGCCUGGCGAGUCGCCGAUUUUGAGACGCACACCUGAGUUGAUGGAUUCAUUUGUGCCUGGUAUCAACAAUCUCUAUGAUCUCUUUUAUAAUGGCUACAAGCUAUCUCGCGACCAACCAUGUCUUGGAGAAAGACCCAUUCUCGAUCGAACAACGGGUGAACGCGCCAAGCAUUUCGAAUGGCAGACCUAUGAACAAGUUGCUGAACGUGUGGACAACUUUGGCAGUGGCCUUAAGCAUGUGUUACAACAAAUCGGUGAGACGCGUCCCAAGCAGAUCCCCAUUGGCAUUUGGUCCGUGAAUCGUCCUGAAUGGCAUAUCGUUGACUGGGCAUGUGCUGCUCACAGUCUUUAUGUGGUGGCUCUCUAUGAUACAUUGGGUCCUGAUACGGUGGAAUACGUGGUGAAUCAUGCUGAAAUCCAAGUCGUUGUAUGCAGCAAGGAGCACGUUACCGACCUCCUCAAGCUCAGAAGCAAGCUACCUCAACUCAAGGCUAUUAUAUCGUUUGAUACAUUGGAGAAGGAACAAAGUCAAGCAUUGCAUGCAUGGGCUGAAGAGAAGGACUUGUUGUUGGUGGAAUUUGCAAACGUUGAACAGCAUGGCAAGGAGAAGCCUGUACCCCACAAUCCAGCUCAACGCUCUGAUCUCGCUUGUAUCAUGUACACUAGCGGCACCACAGGCAAAUCCAAGGGCGUCAUGCUCACUCAAGGCAACUUUGUGGCAGCUGUCAGUGGAGCUAUCUACAAUGUCAAGUCAUCUCCAGCUGAUGUAGGCAUAUCCUAUCUUCCCCUUGGCCACAUCUAUGGUCGAGUGGCGGAUGCAUUUACAGUGGCAGGUGGAGCGAGUUUGGGUUUCUUCAGUGGAAAGAUCGACAAUCUUUUCGAGGAUAUGCAGAUUUUAAAGCCAACACUCUUCAACACGGUGCCUCGUUUAUUGAAUCGUAUAUACGCUGGUAUUGUACAAAGUACACUUCAAGCACCAGGACCAAAAGGAGCGCUUUUCCGCAAAGCUAUUGCUACCAAAUUGGAGAAUCUUGAACAAGGCAAAGGCACGCAACACCCUGUGUACGAUCGACUCUUAUUUGACAAGGUGCGUCAGGUGCUUGGUGGUCGUGUACGCUUCAUCAAUACUGGUGCUGCUCCUUUGGGCAAGGAAGUUAUGCAACUUUUACGUGUCACACUACUUGCAGAUAUCCGAGAGUCCUAUGGGGCCACAGAAAGCAAUGCGACACUUACCAUGCAGAUCGAAGGAGAUCCGAAGCCUGGUUGUAUUGGCAUCCCUGCUCCUUGCAACGAGAUGAAAUUGGUUGAUGUGCCCGAGAUGAAUUAUCUAACCACCGACAAACCAUAUGCACGCGGUGAGAUUUGUGUACGAGGUUAUAAUGUCAGCUUGGGAUAUUACAAAGAUGAGGAAAAGACCAAUGAGGCUUUUGACAAGGAUGGAUUCUAUCACACGGGUGAUAUCGGCAUGAUUGAUGAGCGUGGAACCUUCAUGGUGAUUGAUCGCAAAAAGAACAUCUUCAAGCUAUCUCAAGGCGAAUACAUUGCACCUGAAAAGAUUGAAAACAUCUAUGCACGUGAUAUUCUGGUGUCGCAGAUCUUUGUAUACGGCGAUUCUGUGCAAAGCUGUUUGGUGGCUAUUGUCGUACCGGAUCCACUUGAACUCGGCAAAUUGGUCCAAGAAAAGCUGCCCAAGUUCGCAUCGCUUAGUUAUGAGGAGUUGUGUAAUAACCCCGAGGUUCAUAUCGCUGUCCUUGAACGCAUGACGGAGAACGGCAAGCGAGCUGAAAUGCGUGGAUUUGAAUUCGUCAAGGCUAUCCAUCUCGAUUCAAAGCCUUUCACUGUCGAAAACAACCUGCUUACACCAUCGCUCAAACUUAAACGACCCGAAGCUCGCAAAUUCUUCCAAAAGGAGAUCGAACAGCUGUACCAAAAGCUCGCCAAUCCAUCAGCUGGCAGUGCUGCUCGUUUAUAA